AUGAAGAAUUUUACAUAUGAGCAUUAUAUGAACUUAUUGUUUCAUUUAGACUACUGCAACGAAAAUGUCAUACCAGAGAUAUCGAGAAGAAUUUUAUUACAUGCCAUAUCACCUGUGAUAACCGUAACAUCCACACCCAUACUUGAUGAACAUAUAAGCGAAACAUAUAACAUUGAUUCUUUAUAUAUGAUGCUAAGAUUCUUUGGUGGUUGUGUAUCUGAUAGAGACCAAGUAAAUGAAUAUACUAACACCGAUGCAACAUCGAAUGAGGAAAACACUUCUGAUCAUUCUACAAUUAUUAAGACAGAAGAAGAUUCAAUUAAAAAUCAACAGACGAAUAUUGAAAUAGAUACUCAAAAGAGUACCUCGACUUUGAACGUUACAAAAAACAAUAAUAGAAGAAGAAACAGAAGUAGAUCUAACAGUCUUUUUCAAAGAGAUGCUACACAAUCUCAAUAUAUAAGAUUCACAAAACCUUUAGCUGAUUUAUUGAAUACAAGGGAAACAAACGAUAUGCUAUUUGAUUAUCAUUCACUUGAAGUAUUCUUAGAGAAUUAUUUAAAGAUGAUAGAGAAACAUACCACUGAUGAGACACCCGAUCAAUUAUUGAAAAAAUCAUUGUACCAUACAUUUUUUUCUUUAGCAAUAUCAUCAACAACAUCUUUAUCCCCAUAUGAAUCAUUUAACCACCCAAUAGUUUCUCUAAUCGCGUUAGACAUAUCUAAAGGUCAAACAUAUGAAGACGGUAGAGAUCUUUUGAUAAGCUUCAAAAACUUGAAUAGAAACAUCGAAAACUUUCCAGCUUUUAUAAACACUAAUGAUAUUUUGCCUGUAUUUUUACUUUGCUACGAUCCGACUUCCAUAGAACAGAUUGAGUUGUGUAGUUCACUGACAAAACAAUUCAAAAAACAAUUAUUUGUUGAAACGAUAACACUCCCAUUAUGGAUGACACAAAUUGAAGGAACUCUGCAGGUAAAGUUACACCAGCCGAUCAUGUCUUCUUUGGAUGAAAUGAUUUACUUUACGCAAAUAGAAGAGGAUACAAAAUUACCAUUAAAAUUAGUACAUUCCGUGUAUGAUAUAUUAGAUGAAUUAGUUCAUGACCUAUUAUUACCCUUUAUGCACAGAAAAAUUUCUUUCUGGGAAGAUAGUGUAAUGCAACCAAGGAGGUCUUUAUUCCAUGGUUCAAAAUGGAUGAAAAAAUUUAUCUCCAAGAAUACUCACCAGCAAAGUAGUACCUUAGUAAAAGAUGCUAAUGGUAAUCUAUAUUUUGCUUCCUCAUCGACUGAAUUCCUCCUAAGGAAAUUAGCUGAUUGGUCUAUGAUGACAUCCAAUUUUAAGAAUGCAUAUACUACAUACGAAUCAUUAAGUCACGAACUAGAAGAGUAUCCAAAAUAUAUGGCGACCUGCCUGGAAUGGGAAGCUAUAACAUUAUUGAUGGGUGCCCAAAGUAUCGUUACUGUUAAAAUGAUUAAGAAUGAUAUAGUACCUUUGUUGGAUAAUGCAUUGGAUACAUAUGAUAUGUCAUCAAUGAGAGCCCAAAAGAGAGAAGAUGGAAGCUCAUCUACUGAACCUUUCCGUUCUUACGAAACUAGAUGUAUGAUUUUAGCUGCAGAAUUAUUUUUGUCACUAAGUGAUACUUGGACUUCGACACCGUACGCAAUUGAAUACCUAGAACUGAUUUUAAGUGAAUGUAAAUUAGGUCCUUGCUCACAAAUAAUGAUAUGGGAGAGACUGAGCGACUGUUACAGCCUACGAUUGGACCCUAGAAUUCGCCACAAGGUUGAAAAUGACAAUAGUAGAAAGGCAAAAUUGAAACUACAGAAACACGAAAUUUUUGAAAAUGAACUUACCAUGCAGCCCAACAAUCAAGUAAAUAGUACAUCUGAGACGUCAAAUUAUGAUUUAGUCGCCCAAGGUCUAACAAGAAAACGUAAAGCUGCGUUCUUCAGACUUCUUGCAGCAAAAAAAUGGGCAGAUAAGAAACAAUGGAGACAAGUCGCUUGGUGUUUGAAUGACAUUGAAGAUGAUUACAACGAUCUUUCCUUAGCCACCAGGAAGAAUUUAAUUUUAUAUAAACUAAGAGAUCAGCUAUCUAACCGGGAGAAAAAUACAAAUGAAGAAACUACCCAUUGA